AUGAAGCUCCAGGUGUUCUCCAUGCUGGCCAUGUCCACCACCAGCCACGCCUUUCUUAGAGGUUUCAACGUAGCCGCAGAGAAUCCCGAUGGCUCCUGCAAAACGCAAUCCGACUGGGAAACCGCCUUCCGGGACCUUCAAUCGCUCCCCACCUCCAGCGGUCCCUUCAACCAAGUCCGUGUCUUCGCCUCAUCCGACUGCGACACGCUGGCGCGAGCGGUGCCGGCAGCGCUCGCGACGGACACACGCCUCCUCGCCGGCGUCUGGACGGAGGACGAGGCGCACUUCGAGGCCGAGAAGCAGGCGCUGUUGGUCGCGAUCCUGACGUACGGCGGCGGAUGGAUAACGGCGAUCAGCGUCGGCAGUGAGGAUUUGUACCGCAAGGAGGCGGAUCCGCACAGGCUCGCGCAGCAGAUCUACGAUGUUAGAGGGAUGGUGAGGAGUGUGGGUGUCGGCGCGGCGGUGGGACAUGUGGAUACGUGGACGGCGUGGGUCGAUCCGGUGAACAAGCCCGUCGUCACAGCUGUUGACUUUGUCGGCUGCGAUGCGUAUCCCUACUGGCAGGGCGUCACGGUCCCCGAGAGCCUCGACACCUACUUCAAAGCCAUUGAAGACACCAAGACUGCCGUUACUGCGAUCAAGGCGGGCCUCGAGGUUUGGGUGACGGAGACAGGCUGGCCGGCCACCGGCAGGACCUUCGGCCGCAGUUUCGCUUCAUCCAACAACGCCGAGGGUUACUGGAAGGCCGUUCCAGCGGCUGAAUACCUUCUGACCUGCCGACCUUACCCGAGCAACUUCUUCAUUCCUCCGCAACCCAGCCCCAGCGCAUUCUGGCCGACGCACGCGCCCUUGUCCACCAUGGCGGGCGAAGGACCUGACACAACCACCGGCGGCCUCAGUGCCGGAGACAACCACGCUCAAAACACUUCUGAACAGCUACAGCCGAGCUUCGUCUCACCUGAAACUAUGGCUUCGGCGUCGCCGUACGUUUUUACCAGCAGCGCAGCGGAUGGCGAAGGCCAGGGCGAGCCCAAGAAGACGAAGAAAAAGAAGAACAAGAAGAAGAAGACCAAGGGCUCGGCCACGACCACGACCGCGACCGCGACCACGCCUGCGAUGCCGACCGCCGCCUCGUCGAAUGUCAAUGCGGCUCCUCCUUCCCUCUUCGGCGGUCCUCCUGCGGCUACAUCUACACCUGCAGCAUCCGCCACGACCACACACUCGCGCGCUACAACUAACGCAUCUACGUGGGUCGCUUCACCUGACGGCGAGGGUGACGUACUCUUCACCUUCCCUAACGACGACGGUCCCCUUAUCCGCAAGCCUACGCUUCUAGUUAAGAGCUCCGUCCUCGCAUCCGCAUCGCCUGUCUUCCGCGCCAUGUUCGGCCCGCACUUCUCUGAGGGACAGAACCUGUCUAAGCACAACAAGACCAACCCCAAGAAGAUAUCUUUGCCGGAAGACCGUGCUAGCUCAGUGCGAGUCAUCUGCUUUGUCUUGCAUGAUAACGAGAACCACGAGGGCUUGUGCUGCAUAGGUUGUCUGUUUAGCUACGCUGAAGUGCUCGACAAGUAUGAUCUGAAGAAGAAGAUGACGCACAAGAGCGAGGAGUGGGUUAAGAAGAUGGUACUGGAAGCACGGGAGCGGAACUACUCUGGUCCUGAUGACCGCGAGCUACUUGGUGUGGCUUACGUCUUGGAAGCGCCGCGCGCUUUCUUCCACAUCUGCAGGGAUAUGAUCCUGUACGAAGAGGUCGGAUUUGAGGAUAUGAGCGACCAAGCCGUACCUGCUAGCAUCUUGCUCGCCAUGGAGUCGACCAGAACCGAGACUGUACACAAAUUGCCUGACAUGGUUAGAAGCCGCAUACUUCGGUGGGUCGACAUGAGCGACGGUAACAUGAGCGAUGACUGCGAUUGCGACCAGAACUGCGGUGCCAUCCUCGCCUGCACGUUCGGCAUGGGCUUAAACGACAUCCUCGAGCCAGAGGAUUGGGAUGAUACUAUCGCCUCGUUCUUCGAUUACUGGCUACAUGCGACCCGCCCAUCCACUGUAAAGCGCUUGCGGACGUUCGCUAGGGAGUUAGGCGUUUGUACGGCUUGCCGCUCUGCCCCUUCGCUCGUCGACUGUCUUGUUGAGUUAGAGGCCGAUCUGAAGCGCUGGUAUGAUAGUAUCGAGGUGCCAUGCCUUGAUUGCCGCAAGGGAGAUGAUGAGCAUGUGGAGUGUCCCAGUGGCUCGUCCAAGGAGGAUGAUUAUUGGAACUGA